AAUGCCUACUGCCUACACAAUAUCAAAACUAAAAUUCUUCUACCCAACGUUGGCGUUUGUAGAAAAUGGCGUGUUGUAAUUGUCUUGAUUACGGAUAAUUUAUUUUUCUUAAUAACAUUUACAGUGUUCAAACUCUUUCAAGAAAUUUCUUUCAACUCUUCAAGAACAUCUACUUGUUCAACUUUCACUUAGUUUCAAAAUCAUAAACUGUCAUCUUCAUAAUUUUCCCAUUCGCCGAAGUUUCAUUGCACGACAAACAACACGGUUGGGUGUGAUAAAAUGUGAACACUUCACACAUUUAUGUAUUUAUCUCAAAUUUAUGUAUUGCAUUGUACAAUGAAUGCAGGCGAUGAUAAGGAGAACGUAGAAGAAGAAGAAGAAGCUAGCGGCAGUUCAUCGACAGACAUGUGUGGCGAUAAAACAGAGAACGAUUGCUGUGCAGCAAGACCUGUUCACACCAACAGUGCAGCAGUUUGCAAUGGUGAGGCAAGACCGAUUCACACCAACAGUGCAAUCUGCAACGGCGAUAUAAAGGAGAACGAGUGUUGUGCAGCGAGACCGGCUCACACCAACAGUACAGUUUGCAAUGGCGAGGCAAGACCGAUUCACACCAACAGUGCAAUCUGUAAUGGCGAUAGAAAGGAGAACGAGUGCUGCUGCAUGGGAAGACCGGUUCACACCAACAAUGGCGAGGCAAGACCGAUUCACACCAACAGUGCAAUCUGUAAUGGCGAUAGAAAGGAGAACGAGUGCUGCAUGGGAAGACCGGUUCACACCAAUAGUGCAGUGUGCAAUGGCGCCCGACCCAAGACAUCUAACAUAUCAUCGAGCAACUAUUCCCUCAAACUGAACAAUAACGAUAGUGAAAAACUUCAUAACGGUAACGAUUUGGAUGUGUAUGUGAGGAACAAUGUGGACUGUUGUGUGACCGUCGAUAAGUGUCCGUCGAAAGUGAGGAGUCAUGACAUGAGACAGUACAGGGGGCAAGACGACGAAGACAGCUUAAGCGAGAAUGAGGAGGGCGAUGAGUAUUGCAUCUACACGUACAAGGGCGACGAGAAUCAAAUGGCCGAUCUGCCAAGUUCGUUUUUCAGACUGGGGGUGGCUCAGCCCCCAGGGGCCGGCAGGGAGAGUCGCAGCAGUUCCCCCGACAUGGACUACCUGGAGAUGGACUUUGACCCCGGCCCCUCCAACGACCGCGGUGACUCGUCCGAAGACAGCGACUGUUGUGACAUGCAGCAUGACGAGAGGCUGGACAGUGUCUCUAAUGAGGUCUCGCCCAGGGUCGAUCGCUCCCCUGCAGAACCUGUGGAUCACCACAUAGAGGACGUAGAUGAAGAAGAGGACAUGGGUGCAGUUGGAGAGAAUUCCCACUCGCCAACCAUCAACGUCGACACCAAAAACGACCUGAAUGGCAGUGGACCCCCAGUGCCAGCUACCCCUUCCCCUCCUCCACCCGUGUCAGCAGCAGCAGCUGUACACCCGCCAACAGUGGUUGAAGGAGUAGAGGGGGAACAUGACUCACCUCCAGUCGAGAGCAGCACGUGGUCUGGCGUCGUUGACUACUUGAACUCGCAGUCAGAUAGCGCCACCGACGCCGAGAAAUACAACCUCCGGUCGGCGCUCUACCAUUGCAUCAUGGCCAAACGACUCGUUCUCGACAAGCAGGAGUCGUUCACCGACUGUGAUCAGUCCAAUAUGCACCUGAAAGAGAAUACAGAAGCUAGCAGUCCGGAUGCCAAUCGACCUGUAGAAAAAAUAAUGAUUUGGUCAGAAAAGGAAGCCAGUGCCAAGCAAGUAACACAGAUAGGAACAUCUCUGUGUGGAGUGACAGCAAUUGUCAAUGUUUUGGUUGCACUGAACAUGCCGUUCUCGCUGGACAAACUGAAGGAGGCGGUUGGCACACGGUUCCGCCGGGAGGACGCCCCGGUUCCCGAGUACCUGCUGUCGCGGUGUAUGGCGGGCGUCACCCAUCACGACAUCAUCAAAGCUGUCGACGCCAUCUCGCAAGGCUCGCUCUACGCACGAUUCUUCUGCAUGUACCCGCCAAGAAGCUUCUCGCUGUUACGGUGGCUGGCGUCUUGGAUGAAAAAAGGUGCAAUAGCGCUGGCGACACUGAACCCGCAGCGAGUAGGUUCGACAGGUGGCGGGGGGGAGGGGCUGGCCGACUGCUGGCACCACCAGAUGGUGUUUGGUGUGGGGCCACGCGGCGUCUACCUCACCAACCCACUCGAGUGUGUGGACGAGGCUAGUAUGCUUAUGCAGCUGAGCAGUGAGUCUGUGCUGCGCGUGCGCCGUGCUGAUGUCAUCAAUCGGUGGACGCCCGCCACCGAUCUCACCCCGCUCACCCGUCAGCCGCACCGCGCUUGGAACAGCAUGAACGUUCUAGGCCAAGUUGUGAACAUCAUCCGGGAGGAGAAAUGGAAUAGACAGGGCCUGAAUCGAACACUGACGUCACACAUCUCGAUCCCUGCGUCAUACAGCUCAGGCAUCACUCUCAUCAUGUCCAGGCAAAACCCCGCCUUCGAGCAGCUUGUCAAUGCGCCCCAACUCCCGCUCGCACCAACAUAACACAUAAGCGAUCGAGCUUGAGAGAUGAACCGUGUGAUGUGGCCUUGAUUUGUAUAUAAAUGAUGCCAAAUUGAAUGGAUUUU